AUGGCUUCCGUCGAACAGCGUUUCCAAGCUCUCGUGGAGCUUGCCUGCUGCGAUUCCCGAGUCGAUCCUACGGCUAUCUUCAAGAUCCAGCUAGGAGAAGCGACGGUGCUCAAGAAUGCCGGCGGUCGAGUGACAGAUGAUACGUUCCGGAGCUUGGGGGUGGUCGGGUCGAUCUCGACUCUUGGGUUGAUCGUUGUACUUCAUCACACAGAUUGUGGUGGCCUUUUCCGCACCGACGAGGAUAUUCGUAAAAUCUGGUCUGAUCGUAACCCCGAACACGCCCAAGAGAUCUCGACGAAGGCUUUCGGCACCUAUAAAGACUCGGGACUGGAAGAGUGCUUGAGGCAAGAUGUUGCCAAGGUGCGAGGCUGGCCGCUGCUGCCCAAAGACGUUCCUGUUGUUGGCUACUCUUACGAGGUUGAGACUGGUAGGGUCACGCAGGUCGUAUAA